AUGCCAGAUGAAAGAAUACCUCGGUGGCAAUUUCGGAAAAAGAAGAAACUGGAGGCGAGACGUAAAAAACGACAAGAACACGUUGAAAAGCACAAACAUACAAAUAUACCUAUAGCAAAGGAAGCUGCAGAAUUUUCAUCAUCAAUCGCUAUCGCCGAAAAGCAGAAAUACGAGCAAGACAAACGCAAUUGGGAGGAGAGAGAAGGUCAAUUCAAGUUGGUGGAACUCGCAAAAAAGAAGGCUCGAGAAAGGGAGGAAAGAGCAAAGGCACUGGCACAGAAACGAUGGCAGGAUACGCUCAUGACGCUGCCAAUGCUUCCACACUCCUUCUCAAUUGGUGCUAGUGGUAAUUCGGAAAAGACCACCACAACGAAGCCAGGACCUUUUAAACAAUUUGUGCCAUCCAAAGAUGUCAGUAGUGUAGCAUUGAAAAAGACGUAUCGAGACCGAUUCUUGGAGAGAAAACUAAGCAAGCAAUAG